AAUCACCAUUUUUCUCCUCCCGAGUCCCGAGUCCCGAGUCCCGAGUCCCGAUCACUCCCGACUGACCACACAGAAGCAGGAAACAAAACCGCCAAUCAUCUACUCUCUUCACAAAUAGAGAGAGUUCUUUAACAAAUUCACAAUCGCAUCUCUCUCUACCUGCAGCUGAAAUAUUGAUCAUGGUGUCAGAGGUUGAAUCUUCAAACUUUGAUGUGUUUAUCAACUUCAGAGGCGAAGACACUCGCAAUAUAUUUGUUGGUCACCUUUACAGUGCUCUAAAGCGUAAAGGAAUCCGUGGUUUCAUCGACAGCAAAGAUAUACGCAAAGGAGAAGAUAUUGGUAAGCUUCUCAAUAUUAUAAAAGGCUCUAAACUCUCGAUUGCUGUCUUCUCUCAAAGAUACAUAGAAAGCAAAUGGUGCCUCCGGGAACUCGCUCAGAUGCUGGAAUGUCAUGGAACCGGUCAAAUCAUUUUACCCAUUUUCUUCAAGGUUGAGCCAUCAGACGUUAAGAAUCAAACUGGAUAUUUUGAGAUUUCGCCUCAGACACUUAGCGAGGAGGCGCCCAAAACUUUAUCAAUAUGGAAGGAUGCUUUGCGAGCGGCAGGAAAUAAGAGUGGAUGGGUUAUUGGCGAUAGGGAUGAUCAAUCAAAUAAAGUAGAGGAAAUUGUUAAAGAUGCUUUUAACCGAUUGAAAAAAGUCCGUUUGAUUGAUGUUAAACAUCCUGUUGGACUAGAAUCCCAAGUGGAUUAUGUGUUAUAUCUUUUAUCAACUACAUCAAAUACCAGCUCUAAGGAUAUUCAGUUUCUAGGGAUAUGUGGUGAGGGUGGCAUGGGGAAGACAACUAUUGCAACGGCUUUAUAUAAUCGCAUCUCUGAAGAUUUUAGCAGGAGUUGUUUUCUUGAAGACGUUAGAGAGAAAGCAUCACAAGCCAAUGGUAUAGUUGGCUUGCAAAAAGAUCUUCUUUUUGAUGUCUUUGAGGAAGAAACAAUAGUAUCCAAUUCUAAAAGAGGAUCCCAAUUGAUAAAAGAAAGACUUCAUAAUAUGAAAAUUCUUCUUGUUCUUGAUGAUGUGGGAAAUCAUGACCAAUUAGAUGCAUUGGCUCGUGAUCUCAGUUGGUUUGGUUCUGGAAGUAGGAUAAUCGUAACAGCUAGAGAUCAGAGCGUUCUAAGUGGAGUGCCUGAAAAUAAUAGAAAAAUAUUUGAGCCUAUGGAAUUGAAUAAGAAUGAGAGUCUUCAACUCUUCAGUUUAUAUGCUUUUUCAAAGGAACAACCUCCUAAUGACUAUAUGGAGCUUUCAGUUGAUAUAGUAAGCACGACAGGAGGGUUGCCGUUAGCCUUGGAGUUUUUGGGUCGUGCUUUAUGUAUGACAGAAAAUAAAGAAGUAUGGAAAUCCAAGCUUAGGACAUUAAAACAAUUUCCUAAUGAUGAUGUCUAUAAAAAGUUAAAGACAAGCUUUGAUGAUCUGCAUGAUAUUGAGAAAGCCAUGUUUCUUGAUGCAGCAUGUUUUUUUGUUGGAUGGGAGGAAAAAGUUGUAAUUUCCAUAUGGGAAGCUUGUGGCUUUGAGCCGAGAUACCAUAUGGAAGUUCUUAAGAGAAAAUACCUCUUAAAGAUUCGUAAGUCAUUUACAUGGGAAAAAGAACAGUUGUGGAUGCACGAUCAGAUUCGAGAUAUGGGAAGAGGAAUUGCCUACAAUCAAAGGCCUGAUAAGCCUGAUAACCAUAGCCGGUUAUGGUCUCAUGAUAAUAUCAUAAAGGUAUUAAACAGCGGUAAGGGGAAUGAAAUGGUUGAAGGUCUCCUCCUUACAUAUGAUUCAUCAUAUAAGUACAACAGUUGUUUACAUACUAAAAACUUUGAGAAGAUGCCUGAACUAAGAUUACUACAAAUUGAUGGAGCACCCUUGGGGGGGAGUCUUCAGUGUCUGCCUUCUGCGUUAAGAUGGCUUAGAUGGAGGAAAUGUCCAUGGGAAAAUCUAUUUGUUAAUUUUUAUCAUGAAGAAUUAAUUUUUCUUGACUUAAGUUAUGGCUUAUUUAGACAAGCUUGGAUUAACUGGCCUGAAAAUAAGUUAUUUCAUCAAUUGAAAGUUCUUCAAGUCAGUAAGUGUAAGAUUCUGUACGAGUCUCCAGACUUUUCAGGAUUUCCUUGCUUAGAGAGGUUGUAUAUUGAUCAUUGCUAUAGGUUGGUUCACUUACAUGAAUCCAUCGGAGAGCUCCAUCAUCUUGUUUACUUAAACUUGGAAAGUUGCAUUUCACUUGAGAAACUCCCAAACAAUAUACGUAGACUGAGUUCUCUCCAGAAGCUUAUUCUCAGGGGAUGCACAUCACUCAAUGAGUUGCCCAAGUCCAUUGGUGAUCUAAAAGAAUCUUUGGUUAAGCUUUCCUUGGACUUUCUAGGAAUUAAAGCAUUGCCUGAUGGUGUUGGACUGCUAAAAAAGUUGGAGGUAUUGGAUCUUUCUUGCAACCGUGGAGUGCAUCUGCCAAGGUCAAUGGAGAAUAUGACAUCUUUGCAUCACUUAAUCUUUGGUAGACCUUAUAAGCAACCUGAUAAGCCUCUGUGCAUACCAAAGCUUCCAUCUAGUUUAAUUGAAUUAAAAGUUUGUGGAAAACGGCUUGGAAGUCUACUAGACAUUGAAAACAUGAAAAACUUGAAGGUAUUUGUCCUUGGAGAGUUUUAUGCAAAGAUGGAGCAAUUUAGAGGCUUUGUGAAGACGAGGAAUGAUGAAUCAAUAAGUAAAGUGGGUAGUCGUUGCUUGUUAACAAAUUGUUCGAGACAGAAGCAAGGCCAGGGAACAUUUAUGUGGGGUAACAUUGAAAGUUGGAGACAGAUUUGGAUACCUUUGGAACAAAAGACAGAUGAAGGAAAUCCUAACCAUUAUCUAAUUCCAGAUGAUGAUGAGAUCUGUAGGUGCAGGUUACUUUUACAUGUUUCUUUGAGUGUCUCCAUACUUGUAGACACUAUGUUUUAUACACUCAUACAAAAUUUUCUCGCUCUGCACUUUAAAGCCUGUAUCCAUAGCAAAGAUCAAAAAAUCGAUUGUGAAAACAAGCUGAAAAUUGAGGGCAUCAACAAAUUUUCAUGUAUAGGUCUUACAGAAUACAACAUAGAAUACAUUCAUGAAUUCGAAGGGUUUGAUUGGUUCGGGGUUCAGCUGAAAGGCAGAGAUGCUAUUGAGAUAUCACAUGUAGAGCAGUUUUCUAUUAAUGCAAUUAUGGCUACAACAAUGAAGUGCACUGCAAGAGGGGUGAACCUCUUCCUGAUAAAAGAGAGGCCGAUGUUUGGUACUGAAUGCAAUUAUUAUGGUAAGAGAUUUCUUGAGAUUGUAAGAUAUUAUUAUGAUGGUGAUUGUGAUGGUGACUAUUAUGAUGAUGAUGAUGAUGACGAUGACGAUGACGAUGACGAUGACGAUGACGAUGACGAUGACGACGAUGACAACGAUGACGAUGAUGGCAGUGACAGCGAUGACGAUGAUUAUGAUUACUAUGAUGAACUUUAUGAUGAUGGUGAACUUAGUCCUGAGCAGCAAGGAGGACUCAUAAAAUUUAUGAUGCAGGGUUGUAGAGUUGUUUUGAGUUGAUAGUAUGACCAUAUAAAUAAAGAGCCUGAAUCCUCUCUUGGACCAUGAUCUCCUGCAAUCUCACACUAUCCAUUGGGUGUAGUCCUUUCCUGUUAUUCAACGAGUUAAUAAUACUGGGGAAUACUGAACUGAAGUGAUCAAGGACUGUUUUCUGGAUAGACCACCAUCCAAAUGAUUAUGGAGACCAUUCGGAAUAUUAUAUACAGUACUGGCAGAGCGAUUCAAGUCAGUGAAUGACGUGAUCAUUGGUUUAAUAUCUUACAGAAUCCAACUGUACACGAAGAGGAUGACACCGCAAAAUCCUCGUGGCUCAUGAGACUGCAUUGGUCAUUUUGAACAUGAGAAUGUUGAGAGGAUAUAAAGAGUAUUGGAGAUAUGUUGGAAGGAUAAUAAUGUAUGGGGCAACCGCUGUAGCUUCUUGAACAUAUAAGUUCCAUCAUUCACUCAUUCAGAAAAUAUUUGUCCCUUCAAGUUCAUAGUCCAAGCAAAAAGACAGAUAAAAAGGAAGAGAAAUUCAGGAGCUAUUUAUGUCUCUGCUAAAAUAUUGAAUAUGUUGAAGAGUGUCUUCGGAUGUGAGGCAGGAACCAGGUUCAUUCAUUCUACUCUUAAGAAUACAAGCAUCAGGAUUUCUAAUUUGAUUGGUCUAACACAAACGAUUGCAUUUUCAGACCAUCCCAUUAAUGGCAUGUACUUCAGUGUGGUUGGUGCUUCACAGAGACCACUUCAUUAAUGAAGGCCUUUCUGUAUAUACACUGGCAUGGCGGAUUAUUCUACAGAUGCAUGAAACUCAAUGCGAUUGGUAUUGUAAUAAAGCUGUCCUCUGCAUCUCAUGAAUAUUGGAGAGGUGCUGUCUGAUCUUUGAUUGAGAUGCUUCGGUCUCCAGACGUGCAACUUAGGGAAAUGUCAGACUUUGCAAUGUGGAAAAUGGGAGAUCGGCCCAGGUUAAUGUUUUUUAUUUCUUGGUUCGGUCUUACUUAAUUCAGAACAGAUUGAUAAAAUUGAUGUUAGAAGACAUAUUUUCGUAAUCAUAUUAGUGACUUCUCUUUCCUUUCUAUAUUUUGGAAGUUGAAUGGUGUACUUCAAUUCUGGGAUUACAUUAACUCUUAAUUUUUUUAGUUGACAGGGGUA